AUGGAUAGAAUCAAGAAUUACUUCAUCAGACCCUGGGAUUCCGACGCCAUGCUUAGUGUUACUCCUAUUUCAAGUGUCGUCAGACAACACCUUCUCAUGGUUUACUGCACAUUGUUCUACAGUUUUGUGUUCAUUCUAUCUGGAGCCGUUUCCCAUCUACUUUUCAACCAUGGAGGAUGGGUUUCAGCUUUUGGAUUCAUGGGAAGCGUGUGGUGGAUAUACAGAAUCAAGCCUUGGAGGGAGAUUCGCAGGGUCUUGCUUCUGAUGACAGCUUCAUAUUUCUCCGGGGCUACUCUCGGUCCUCUGAUUAACUUGAUCAUAGAGAUGGAUCAAAGAAAUAUCAUCAAGAUCAUCAUGGGAGGCAUUCUGUUCUUCAGUUGUUACUUAGGCGCGAUCAUCCAUAGUCUUGAACGGGCUGUUAUCUACCAACUCGGUGAAUAUUCCGCUCCCAUUCUCAUUGCCGCUUGGAUGGUCAUAUCCGACGCCUAUCCUGGCCUUUUCACGUACAUGUACUUAAUCCUUACGUGGCUUAUCAUUCACAUGAAUUUGUACAACCAACUCACCAUUUUCCGAGCAACACAUCAUCCCGAAGAAAAUUACUAUGUCAGCACCGCCAUCACUUUCUUCACCGAAUUCGCUAAACAUAUCAUCGAUCUUUUAAGACACACUAUCGAUGGUACAGUUACUUUUUCUUGGUAUCAUGGUCCGAAGAAUAAGGAUGCAUUCUGCGGCUGCGAGACAUUGAGUAACGCGUACUCCUGUAGUGAGGACAUAAUAGUGUUAGGCGUGAAGUGUACAACGGUCCCGAAUUUCUUGACUAACUUCGACCCAGUAUUUGAUUCGUUAACAUUGUUCGUUUUCGUGGACUAA